AUAUUUCUUUUUCUAUCAACAAAGAAAGUCUUGUCACCCACCCAAGAAACGCAGCCCUCUCUGCCGGUUCUGGUUAAGCUUCACUCUGAUCUUUGCUUUGUAUUCUAUAGCAUGUGAGCAGAUCACCUCCUUUCUGUCUUUCUUUCUUUGGUUUUCUAUUUCUUUUGCCUCCUCUUUAACAUGUUUGAGCUUUGGUGCAACUUCACUUCUUGGCUUCCUUAACACACAAGCUCGUAUUUUUCCACUCCCAAUUCUACUAAGUCAUGACUCCUCAAAAUCCUGUCAUCAGAAACCAAAGCUAAAUAAAGCCAAAUCAUGGCUUCUUUCUUUUUCUUUUUUUUUGCUGCUAUAGAUGAGUUGAAGUUCACAUUUUCUAGGGUUUCUUGGUAGUAUUUGUUGUUCUUGCUUUAGGGUUUUGGAGACUUCUGUGCUUUCAUUUCUCGUUCCUGUCAAUUCCUUAGUUGUUUUCUCAUCUGGAUUUUGAAGAAAGAUUAUGGAGGAUUAUAAUCAGAUGAAUGAAAAUACAAACCCAAGGGGAAAUUUCUUGUACACUUCAUCAGUUCUUGGACCUAAUUCCUCUUCUCCUUAUGGAAGAACAAGUAGUGGGUCUACUAACGUCAGCAAUCAACAGACCCAGAUGCCUUUAAGUCCUUUCCAUCUUCAAUCAAGUGAAUGUUUUCAAUCUGAAGUACAUCCUAUAGUGAAGACGGAAGCUAGUACUUCACAGCAUGCUCUAAAAUUUCAUUACCCUUUGUUGAGAGGACAUCAACCACUUAAUCAUCAACAGCAUGCGAAUGAAAGUUCAACCAAUGAAGUUGAAUCUAUCAAAGCCAAGAUCAUAGCUCAUCCUCAGUAUUCUAACCUCUUGGAAGCUUACAUGGACUGCCAAAAGGUGGGAGCUCCACCAGAAGUAGUAGCAAGGCUAGUAGCUGCCCGUCAGGAGUUUGAAUCCAAACAACGAUCUUCGGUUAAUUCCAGAGAUAAUUUGAAAGACCCGGAACUAGAUCAGUUCAUGGAGGCUUAUUGUGACAUGCUGAUGAAGUACCGAGAGGAGCUGACAAGACCCAUUCAAGAAGCCAUGGAUUUUAUGCGAAGAAUAGAAACUCAGCUAAAUAUGAUCUGCAACGGACCCUUGCGGAUCUUCAACUCUGAUGAGAAAUCUGAGGGUGUUGGAUCGUCUGAGGAGGAUCAAGACAAUAGUGGAGGGGAAACCGAAUUGCCGGAGAUUGAUCCUCGGGCUGAGGACCGAGAACUAAAGAACCAUUUAUUAAGGAAAUAUAGUGGCUAUCUAAGCAGUCUAAAGCAGGAACUUUCAAAGAAGAAGAAGAAGGGAAAACUACCUAAAGAAGCAAGGCAGAAGCUACUUAGCUGGUGGGAGCUACACUACAAAUGGCCAUAUCCUUCGGAGACCGAGAAGGUGGCACUGGCAGAAUCAACUGGUUUGGACCAGAAACAAAUAAAUAAUUGGUUCAUAAAUCAGAGGAAACGACAUUGGAAACCCUCGGAAGACAUGCAAUUCAUGGUGAUGGAUGGUCUACAUCCACAGAAUGCAGCUCUGUAUAUGGAUGGUCACUACAUGGGUGAUGGUCCAUAUCGUCUAGGACCAUGAGCAGCAGCUGGAGAGCCUCAAUGCUAAAGUGGUAGUGUUAGCUUCAUUUCCUCACGCUUAGCAUGAAAACUGUUAUUCAUGCCAUGUUAUAUUUUUAAAUUGAGAAACUCUAGGUAAUGCUCUGGAACCUAAAACAAUAGUAUUCUUUUCUCUUAUAAGAAAUGUCAUCUUCAUAAUCUCGUGUAUCAUUAAUUUGCCUGUAUGUAAUUGUGAUAAUAUUCAAGAUGGAAUGUCAAUCAUUGUCCGCUUCAUAUC